AAAAAAAAGACAAUGUGAAUGUGGUACUCUAAUCUCAUCUGACAAACACAAACUUCCAAGUAUUCUCAACAGAAGUGGAAUGUAAAAGUAAAAGCGAGACUCCCUUUGACCACUUUCCACCGUUGGCCGGAGUUCUUUCUCCGUCCACCCUAUCAAACUGGCCGCACCUAUCUUCAAACGCUUGUUCCCACCCACAACACGCCGCCAACCGUAUUUCAACCGCCGCCGUACCUCCUCCAUGGAUCUCAACUUCUUCAAGUUCUGCUCCGGCCUCAAAUUCCUCGGUUACUUGAUGAUUCUCCUCGUCGCCGCCAUCACCGCCGUUUCCUACUACGCUGUUGUACUCCUCACCUGGGCCCCACGUAUUUCCCACGGCGGUUUCACAUCCUUCCUCUCCUUCCUCAUCAUCGUCUUGUUUCACCUUUUGCUUGUGAUGUUAACAUGGAGUUAUAUCAUGGUAGUUAUCAACGACCCGGGCUCUGUUCCUGAAAACUGGAAACCCCCUUCACAGGAAAAUCUAGAAGCGGGACCCGAUGAUAAUACUUCAGCAUCUACAUCUGUAGAUGUGCCUGAAAAUAGACAAGCUUUGGGGUACUGCCGUCAUUGUCGAAACGGAAAGCCACCGCGUUGCCAUCAUUGUUCUGUUUGUCAAAGAUGUGUUUUGAAGAUGGAUCAUCAUUGUGUAUGGGUGGUGAACUGUGUUGGCGCACGGAACUAUAAAUUUUUUCUAUUGUUUUUGUUGUAUACAUUUCUAGAGACAACAUUGGAUGUUAUAGUAUUGCUUCCAAGUUUCAUGAAAUUCUUCAAAGAAGCGACAGGUCACACGAACUCAGCAAGUGAUCUUGCUCUUACGUUUUUGACUUUCGUUUUGAAUGUAGCUUUUGCACUAAGCCUCCUUUUUUUCAUCAUAAUGCAUGCGUCUCUUCUUUCCAGCAACACCACUUCGAUAGAGGUCUAUGAGAAGAAAGGAGUAGUGAGGUGGAAAUAUGACUUGGGACGCAAGAAAAAUUUUGAGCAGGUUUUUGGCACGCGAAAGGCGCUUUGGUUGCUUCCUUUAUUUGCCAAGGAAGAUUUGGAGAAUAUACCGGCGUUACAUGGCUUAGAUUUUCCUACAUGUUCGGAUGAUGAAUCCUAAGUUUUAACAUCCUACCAGCCAGCUUGAUUUGUAAAGUUUUGUAUAAAAAUUAGUGUUAUAAGUUGAUUCAUUAGUUUAAAAAAAAAAAAAAAAAUCUCAUUUCUUUUGAUAUGCAACACUUUACCUGCACAAUGACUUUUUGAACCGUUUCAGGCAUUGACUAGUAAAAAUCUUGAAUGGACAAUGCACAUUGUAUUUGAUA